CGACUCUGCAGCUGUCAGGAACCAUGACUGAAGAUGACGGAGUCUGUUGUCGUGGAGGGAUACGCCAGACUCAGAGAUGGGAAAAAGUGGAGGACUCGGUGGCUCGUGUUUCGUAAGCCGUCGCCUGUCGCAGAUUGCCUCGUUUUAGUGGUUUUUAAAGACAAAUCAGACAAAUCCCAGAGCAGCAGAGAGAGGGCGAGCGUCACCUUGGAGGAGAUCUGUGGCCUGGAACCUGGACAGUUGUAUGAAGGUGUGGCUUUUACUCUGGCCGUCCUCUGCCUGAACCAGGUCGCGCUGCUGGGCUUCGACAGCAGGGAGGCCCUGCAGGCGUGGGAGCUCCGCCUGCGCUACGGCCUUGGCGAGGUUCACAGAUUCGCCGUUGGGGUUUUACCAGGGACCAAGCUGGAGAGCGGACCUGCCACUCUUCACCUGUGCAACAACCUUCUGGCCCUCGUCCGGGACUUUCCUCCCGUCAUCAUCGGACACUGGAACCUGCCGGACCUGCGCAGAUACGGACCGGUGCCGAAUGGAUUCGUGUUUGAAGGGGGAACAAGAUGUGGAUACUGGGCUGGAGUUUUUCUUCUGGCAUCAGCAGAGGGCGAGCAGAUCAGCUUCCUGUUCGACUGCAUCGUUAGAGGCAUCUGCCCCAGCAAAGCUCCGUUCGGACUGCGGCCCGUUUUGCCAGAACUCAAUUCAGGCCAAACAAAUUCAGAGGAGAAGCUGAACCUGGAAACCCAGGAGCUGGAGAAGCGGCUGAGCAUGCUCUCUCGUGGGACCAGCACAGUCUCAUCCACUUACUUCCCAUCUGCUGGGGGAGACGACCGCAGCAUAUCUGGCUCCUCCGACACGUCCGACACCAGCCAGUCAGACUGCAGCAUCGGCAGCAGGCUGGCCAUUUGGACCGAACCCGCCUCAAACAUCAUCGGAAGCGCUAAGGUGCCGCUGCAGACUGUAGAGAAGCUCUCGGCCGGCCCGGGAGGCGGGGGCCGACCUUCGGUCAAGCCGCCCCGGCAGCUUCAGGACAUCGGCCGUCAGAGCUCUUCAGACAGCGGCAUCGCCACUGGCAGCCAGUCGUCCUACUCUGGGAGCUUCUCCUCGUACACUGGCAGCCUGGACAUUGCCCCAGGGGAGGAUUUUGGCUCCGUGUUCAGUUUACCCCCUCAGCUGGCUCAAGAGCUAAGCCCGUGCAGCUGCCCCACUGCUCCUGGACAGGAGUACCAGGUGCCAUCAUCGCUUCUUGGGUACCUCUAUGACUCUCCCAGGAGAGUGUUGCAUGAAACGAGUGGGGGCGACAAAGACUGUGAGCCCUUUAAAUCAACUGAAGACCACCCUGUUCCUUCAGACUGCCCAACAGAGUCUGAUUUGGGGGGCGCAGGUGGAGCAACAACAGCUGAGGUUCAGUCAGAGGCGACGGAUGAACAAUCAGAUUCCGCACAAGCACAGGGCCCUUCAAGUGAUGGCAGGAAAACAAAGGCGCUGCCCUCUAGUGGGUCCUCUCUUAGCUGCAGCUCCCUCUCUGCCUCCAAAACUGUAGUGGCCGUCUGCUCAGUGUGUGGUGGGUUUAAGGGUAACCCCUACAUCCAAAUGAGUUCUUCAGGAAUACCAACCUUACCAGUGACGAAAGCUCUGGACAUGUCCCGGGCCUCCACUGGAUGCAUGAUGGAGUCGCCAAGAGUGCAGCCGGGUGAUGAGUCUCCAAAGAGAGGAGAGAGAGAAAUAGCCGACCUCUUAUCUGAUCUGCUCAGCUUCCUGAGUGCAGGCGGCCAGCCGCACACGGCGAACCUGUACGAGUCAAUGAGCCCCGCUCAGGCAAAUGAGCUCAUUUUGGCACAGGCUGCGCCGCCGCGGGGCUCCCAGCAGGACAAAAGACCUGCCGUUUAUGAAAACUGUUUGAAGUGUCGGGGAGAGCUCUGCCAACCUCCGCUGCAGGCCGCGCCUGCUAAAAUGCCCCGCAGCAGGGGCAUUCAUGGUUGUCAGAGCUUCCCGACUGGACUGUACCUGAAGAAAAGCCAAGGCAGCGACAGAACUGCUGAUGAGGAGCUGCUUCACAAACUCCUCAGGGAUGUUGAUGAGCGGUGUCGGCCGGAAGACACAAAUGUCUCGACGGGAAGUGAAGAGAAAAAGCUCGAUGGUAAAGAAGAACGAUGCAGAGCUGAUCCUGCUUAUGAGGUCAUGGAGAGUCGGAUGCCGGAGAAACACCCAGAGGCGGAAGAGAAGAGCAAAUACGAGCUGAUGGGCAGCUACAGCCAGCAGAGGUUCCUCCAAGAGACUGAAGGGGCAGCGUUUGUUUUCCCUCCAGAGGCUGCGCUUCCUGAGAGACCGCGGAGCGAAAGCGUCACGUACGUGAAUAUUCCCGUCAGCCCGACGUCUAAGAAACAACUCAACUACAUGGAGCUGGAGCUGCAGGAGCCGGGCCACGGCACCAGAGGGACUGUCGCACAUCUGCCGUCUCAAAGAAAGAGCUCCACCAGGUACGCUCAGAUCGACAUCACCGCGAUGGAGAUGGCUCACAAAGUUGGCACGCAGCACGCCCUGGGCAGGCAGGAGGGCCUGCACAACCUGGAGCUGAGGAGAAAAGGAACGCCGCAUUGACUCCAUGCUUUGGACUCGCUGCACUGGACUGUAUCCAUCAGAGAUGUGAAGAACAUGAUGGGAGCGUUUGUUUUCUGUUCUCUCACAAUUUCUAAGCACAGAUUCGGUUUACACACGCUAGAAUCCAAGAACAUGUCGUGUUCGCGUUGUUAGGUAGGCUUUUGCUUCUGUAAUCAAGAAGCUGCGAUAACGGUUGUGUGGUUUUGCAUGAAGCCAGGUGCAAUAUUUCCUUCUCGUUAGCACAGAAGUUGGUUGCAUCAUUAAACGGCAGUGCGCCAACUCAGAGGAGAAGGCACUGACCCAGAGAUGAGUCACGGCCCAAACGCCUCCUCCUCGCUUAGCUACACCUCAGCACCAUCUUGGACCAUGCCAGAGAGCGCAUUUUAUCAUCGUUUGGGAAAAUAACGGAGAUGAAGCAAGAGGUAAUUAUUCCAUGACGUAAUUAUUAAUUACGUUGUGCAAAGCCGCUCGGAUUUGGCCUAAACCGUCCAUCCAGUCUUACUCAGAGCUGUGCAGGAGAAGUAAACGAUGAGUUGUGGUGGAAAGGAAAAUCUGUAAUUGUUUCACAUUUCACCUGCGUUGGCCUGCUGUGACUAACAGAUGCUGUUUAUUGUUUGAACAGAAUCUGAGUGCUGCUUUCUUUGUUUCUUCUGUCAUUGUGGGACAGGAUUUACUGUGGGAAACUAUUUAUGAAUUCUGCAAAGAUGAGAAAAAUAAUGUUUGGAGAUUUUCUUUGGGAUUUUUAAAAGACAACAAUAAUGUUUAUUUUGCGUCCUUUUCAUUUUUCCUCAUUUCUUGUGCGUACAUUGGUAAACCGCAGCAGAGUGUUGUUUUUGUCUCGUAUUCUGCUACCUUUCAACUGCUGUUGACUUCAAGAAGACGUUUAUUUCAAGCAUAACAUUUGAUACAUAAGUCGAGAGAUAUGGAGAAUGUAUAAUUUGUGCUUUCUAAGUAAAACUUUCUUUUUUAGUAAGUUAUUUAUUACUACAACUUUGUGUGUUUUCCAGUGUUUACAGUUGCAGUGAAAAUUUACAGGCACCCAUUAGGGGCCUUAACUUAUGUUUUAUAUUUUUAAUGAUUGAUUUGAUGAUAAUGCACCAGUACCACUAAUGGCAAAUGACCCCUACAGCAUGCCUCUGCCCCUACCAUGCUUUAUAGUAGGUACAUCAUUGUUGAAAAUCUAACCUUGACUGAUCCAAGCUCACCCAUUCACACAGAGACCAAAUCCUUUGAGUGUCACAUUUCUCUCCAGAAGUAAUUGAUCUCAUUCAUGUAGGCAGUUGCACAUUUUAGUCUUUCUUGACGGUGUACAUUUUGGAGCAUCAGCUUCUUUUUUGGUUGUUACUCUGUGGGCAGAGAUACCAAUGAAGCUGCAUUUUUGCUUCUUUGCAGCCUGGUGGCGUGUUCCUGAACUGACUAAUCUCCUUUCAGUUGUUUUUGUCUCUGUCCAAGCUUUCCUGAAAGUGAAUAAAAUAAUGUUAAACUGGAAAAAGAAAGCUAAAGAAUAAAUAUUUGGUUUGUGCCCAUGGUUCAUAAUAUUCAUGCUCUUGCUAAUUGACCAGAACUAUACAGCCAGUCAGAUCCCGUGUCUGUUUUUUCAGAUUUAUUGCUUUCAGAUGAUCAAUGUUGUAAGAGGUUAGCAUCGUCUGUGUCAGGCUUUAAAUUUCUCGACAAACAUGUAUUUUUAUUGGUGGUUGAUUAUUACAGUUUGAUGAUCAUGAAAUGCAGUAAGAAAGAAAACUGAAUCACACUCUUAUCCAAAAAAUAUGUAAAUUGUAAAUAAAAUGGGAUGAAUA